AGUCGGAGAAGUACACUGAAGUAGAAGUUUCUUUUUCUGCUGAUCCUAGUAGACCAUCUUCUGUAGUUGCGAAUCAGGAUCAGCAGUCCUUCCGUGGCUUCGAAGGGACCUUUACUGAUUGUGAGGCUCGGCGCCGCCUGUAGUGAAGAUAUACGCAUAGCUUGUCGCAGUAGAAAAAUGAUAAGUUUGGAUCACUCGCCGGCGGCUCCUCGCGGGCCGAAUUUACAACGAGAACUUCUAGCAGGCGCUGGAAGCUUGGAGUUCCCACGACCAUCGCCGACACAAAGGAACUCUCGGCCCGCAGCUGCAGCAUCGGCUGCCAUGCAGCUGACAGCAACGAGGACGCCAUCCAAAGCAUUUCUGCUGACUUUUCUCGUGUCAGCGCUGGCGGGUCCGGCAUGGGAAUGGCAGGGGUGUCACGCAGCCGGAACCGCAUCGGCUCCCCAAGAACGCGAAGACAGCUUCAGCGACGAAGAUGAGGGCUUCGUGUUCGUUCCAGAGGCCGUCUCUGAAGCGACGACCGUGAGUAAGACUACAGACGUUCUGGGACCCACCGGCGCCGGGGACAGUGGAAGGUAAUUUCAAGUUCGUAAGUGAGAAGUACUCACGCAAAUUUCAACUGUUUUUUAUGUGUAGUUGACAGUAUCAAGACCUCUGGCUCCGGCUUCCUAGUCAGCGUAAAAGAGGCAAGUCGUAAUGGAAUUCGGAUGACAAUAAUUUCUUUUGUUGUCGUUGUUCUGAUGAACUUACCGUUGAAGUAGAAAUUUGUCCUUACCCACUGAAUUUCAGUUCCAUCACCCCAUUGAAUUGCUCCUCUCCGGGAGGUGCAUCGAUCGGCACGACAUGUGCGCCGUCUACGCCUGCUUCCGGGACAGCAUACAACAACCUGGAUAAUAUCAAGCAUCAGACCACUCCUGUUGCGGACGACGACCAGGAUGAGGAUCCGCUCAAGGACGUCUUUUACAUCUACGAGGAACCUGUCACGACACCUACCUCGUCGCGCGAUCAAUUACAUGCAAGUAGGACCGCGAGCAGCGACACGACCCCGAUGGAUGUUGAUACGAAUGAAGCAGCUGGUGAAAGUGGAACGAUGGAACAACCGACUCAUCAAUCAGUUGCUACAAGUAGCGCCCAAGAUGAACAAACUCCUCCUGUCAACAAGUACUACACCCGUGCCCAUCGCCUUGGUGGAGAAAGUGACGACCAGUUCUUUGCGAGCGAGAUGAAGACUACAGGCGGCAGUUUAUGGGACUCUCAAUUGUUACAUUCUUAACUGUUACAUGAAUUUGUGAUGCAAGAGGGGCAAAAGCGAAAGGAAGGACCUUGCGCAUAUUGCAUGACAGACUUGGCACAGAUUCUCGGCCUGUUUGGCCUUCUGGGAAUUUGUCACGCGAAGCAGCUUGAUGGUGUCGGUAGUCAAGGCACUUUUGCAUGAGAAAUCAUGUAUUAACAGUUGAGAAUGUAACGCUUGAGAAUGCCAUACAGUUCCGAUCAGGACGAGGAGGAGUGGCAGCUGUUGAUGUGCGAGUCCGAGGUUGCCGAAACGCUUGCAAUAUCAACUGUAAAAAUGUCUGGGUCUGGAAGAAUUCAUGUUUGUCAUGCUUGUCUGCCAUGACUCUGAAAUCUGUCAUGCGCGUUACCCAAGAGCUCCGUUUUUCUGUGAUGCAGAAGCGCAUUUUGUCAUGCAGAAUAGGCAACGCCUAGGAGCUCAGAAACUUGUCAUGCUGAGCCAGCAUUUGCAGCCUCAUCAUGAGACGCCACCCAGCAUCACAAGUUUCCAGACCCAGACAUUUUUACUUUUGAUAUGCAACCGAAGCGGAGCAGGAAGCGAGGCAGACGGCAGCCGACUUGUGGAAGGACUUCACGCGGGCGGUUCUGCGGCAGACGUACCGGAAAGUUUUGGAGAAAACCAUCCAAGACGCGCAGGCCCGGCACUUCCAAGAACACGGAAAGACGGAACCGCCGACCGCUCUGGACGUGGCGGUCGCGAAAAAAAUUGUAAAAAGCGCGCUCCUGAAAGGAGCGGCCCUUGCGUCGAGGUCUUCGGGUGGAGAGGACCACGGUCGUGCCCAAAGCGCUCCUGAUGAAGAUGCGGAAGAUUAUUUCUCCCUGCUCUCUUCGGGUGCUGGCACGAAACUUAACAAGCCGCUCCGCUACUUCGACAAAGUUAUGGCCGCGAGGAGUCGUAGUUCGUCUUCCUCGGCGGAGGAGGACCACGAUGAACACGGCGGAGAUUUUCUUCUCAAGCAGAAAUGGAGUCUGGCGCCGUUGGGUCUGAACCUGAGCGAAGAUCCAGUAUUGGAGAGAAGACUCAGUCCACAGCUGCUGCAAAUGCUGGAAGCCAAGACGAAGCGGAUCUUCGCCCGCCUAGCCGUUUUGAAACUCAUGCGGGAACAGGCCAUUGCCGGCUCAUCAAUCUACUCCGGGCCAUGUCGGCAACGCUUCCAAAUUGCAGCAGCAGCAGCUCGUGUGGCCGCGGCUGGUGACAACUCGGAGACAAUGACGAACCUCGAGCAAUAUCGCAGGUAUGAAGUGCUGCCGCUAAAUUUUUCUUUGUGGUGUGCGGAAAAAUCGCUCGCACUGCAAAUCAGAAUCCAAGUUUCAACAUAUGCAUCACUGAGUCUGUGGUCCUUGCCGCGUAGUAUUCACAACAGAUAUUAUAAAUCGUAUCAUAAUCGUCCAAAUCCUCCCCUACAGGCCACAUAGCGCCCCUGUGCGUCAAGCUUCAGCCGGUCCCAACAGCAUCAAGUUACAUCGAAGGACCAGUAGUAUGUAUUUUCCAACCAGCGAAGCCGUGAGCAAGUUCCAACCGCAAUAUCGGAGAAAGGCGAUGUUCCGGAGCCGGGCGAGUAUGCCGAAUGAAGAAGGACCAGACCACAGUGACGCUUUGCUAGAGGGUUUGCUGUUUCUCGGCAUGGACGUAGCCGAAGACGCGAACAUUUUUAAGACCGCCCUCGCUUGUCGCACGAAUUCACGAUUGGCCUUGCUGCCGUUUUUCCGCGGUAGUACCACGGGCGAGCCGAAGCACGCGAUAAUGCAGCAGCAUGGUUCAUGGGGUUCCCCGCAGAGCAUCUUGUUUCCCCCAACUGUCACCAGCUCCGCUUCCGCGCUGCUGCAUCGGGGUGGGCGGCCCCAUCGCAAGUCGUACGAACGAGGUGCAAGGUCUUCGUCAUAUAUGCGGCCAGCAACAGCAUUCCACACGCGAUCAAGUGAUUUGUUCCGCCGAAGCGCGGCGGGAGGACCCAUCGGCCGUUUUGCGAUUGAUGAGCGACUUCUAAAGGAGGACUACGAUGAUGACAGGAGCACCUGGCCGAUUCUUUUCUCGUACCGCGGUGAUAGAGCAAUUGACCCUUCUACGGCUGCAGCUCUUGACGAUCUACCAGGACCAUCUUUGCUCUUCCCACCUCGGGGAAAAAUAGACCACUAUGGCACGACCACUUCUACAGCUGUGCUCAGUGCGGAGUACGGGCCGCAAAUCGAGGCCGCGAGGGUGUUUUUCCGGCAGCAGGUUCGCCGCCGCGUGACCAGCAGUCUUUCGCUGCUGCAGAGGGAGUUGGCGCUUUUUGAGAGCAGUUUCGGCCAGGCGCUGAUUGACGAUCUGGAAAAAGCCUAUUUCGCACAGAAUGAGAAGCUCAAGAUCGAGAUUGACCGCUUGCAAGAGCGGAAGGAGGCCGCUAUGCGGAAAGAGGUCAGUCUGGCGAAGCAGUUGAAACUGAACUUGCUGAUUCAGAUGCGGUAUGCAUUGCAAAAGCAUCUGACAUAUUACCUCGUCUUGCAACAAAUUGGAAUUUGAUCGUGGAGUAAUGCAUGGAGCAUCAGUUUCAGUACUAUCAACUGCAGAUCUCUUUCUCGUUUCAUCUAAGCCGGAUCAGCACACUUUUCUGACAAAAUGAAAAUGUGACGCAAAUCAAGUUUCUAUACGUAAUAAGUGUGAUACAACUUUUGCAAUGCAUAUGCGGAACCAGAUUAAUGACCAGAUGUGGAUGGAACGGGCUGCUGAAGAGGCAGCAAGCACAGGAGACAUAGACGACCAAGAACUGCAAGAGUUCGCAUUCGGAACCGCCUGGGACGAGGACGAGCAAGGAGAAGCAAAAUGGGACGACUGGGCGAUGAGCGGCUUUUACCCGGAUGAAGAUGUAGUCAGUGAUAAGGCUAAGAACGACAGCCGCGCAUUGGUGGAUGAAGGAAAACAAGAUCUUCAGUUCGAAAGGACCAGCACUCCUUUUUUUCACAGCAUCCUAGACGACGACAGCCUGGACUUCAUGGAGAUUCUCACUCCUGCAGCGAGAACCGGAAGCACCAGCAGUGGCAGUGGGAGCCGUUACAACAGCCGGAGGAACGAUAGCAUUAACAAGGUAGUAGUUCCGCGUAAGAGCGGUCCGCGCAGCAAUGAGAAUGACGCAGAGCAGGACGACUUUGAGGAUAUGCUGCGAGAACUGAAACAAGUUUCCGUCCGGGACGGAAAAACCGAAACUGAACGAACACCAGCGUCGUUCUCUGCGCCGUAUUACCACGCGCCACGACGACAAGGAAAUCUACUUCACAAAAGCGAGCUUGUUGUACUGCAGGAGGGCAAGAACCUCCCUGGUAAAAUGGACAAUAUGCGAAAGAAGAAAACCAGUCCCAGCGACGAAUCUUGGGACGAUGAAGACUUGUUGUCGAAGGUUUCUUCGACGUCGUCGUCUUCAAGCGAGGAAGCGACGGACAACUACUCGGACAUUGGCGAGAACUACACGAAUAAAAACAAGAAGAACUCCGCCGGAAAAAGGAAAGAUCUGCUAGCCCUUUACGACGCAGACGAUGCGGAAGAAAUGUUGUGGGAGGACGAUCUGGUGGAGGCGAGGCAGCGGAAAAAAACCGUCGCACAGCAGGUUCUUGGGGCCGACAGCGAAAUAGUUGUGCCAUCACUCAGCUCUCCUUCCGCUUCCGCUCCUUCUGGAAGCAGCACAGCUUCCAGGGCUACUCCCACCGUCGAAGACCAGGAGGUACUGGAAAGGUCGGGUUUGCUGGCAAACCUGUUCCAGCUCCCGUUCAAAGACAUUCUGCAGGUGGAGAGCGAGAAACAGCGAAAGGCGGGAAACUUCUACACUUUCAAUGCUGCCGGGGUGACGUCGGGACGAGAUGUCGUGGGCCCUUCUCGUCCGGCCGUCGGUGGUCAAGGAGAUGGUCCUUAUGAAGAUUCGAAGCUGGCGCAAGAAGAAGUGCGCCAGCAAGUAGUAAAGCCUGGUGCAGCCGCACAUGCCGAGUUUGAACCGGCCGACUCGACAGAGGAGCGAACGUGGAAUCUGUUGUCGCAAAUGGCACCCAACACCGCUCUGGACAUGUUUGCGAUGGAACUGCACGAAGCUGCGGCGUCAAUCUCAGCGUCAGAAGGAGAGCACGGAGCGAGGUCCUAUCCGCCAAGGGACUUCUGCAGUGAAGAUGAACAGAGGAGCUACUAUGGGAACAACGACGAAAAACAAAAUGCAGAACAAGAACAGACAUCCUCGUCGCCUUCGUCGCCCGAAGGUCCUCUAUCGAGGUCGUCCGCAAGCGGAAAGAGUGGCAGCGAGAGCAAAGGACACCAGCGUGGCGACUGGAAACGCACACCAUUGAAAAGUUCCGCUACGCCCUUCAGUCCAGUAUCAUCUUCGUCCUCCGCGCCUUCCAGUCAGGCACCGGCUGGCGCUGCGAAAUUAGAUGCCGCACAGGACCGGUACUGUUUAAUAUUACACAACUUUUAGAUUCAGAUGUAUAUGUUGUAGUAGAUCUAGUAGAUGACGAUGACCCUUAGUUCGAAGACAGACGGCGUGUACCAAAAUUCUGACCAUUGACGACUCGCCGCUGGCCUUAAGAAUCGAGCACCCGACUGAGUUUUGCUUUUGAAUAUUUUAUGAAUAACAAACAGGUUGUCUGGUGUUGCACAGCAGGCCGCGGCAUCAGCCAGCGCAAGAAGCAACAAAGGUACUUCCAACAACUACAAGCCCCCGCCGCGUGACAACUACUGGUGGGACAGCUACAAGACCAACUAUUACAGAAACCUGCAUUUCCUGAAGAAGCGUAACCAGGUUUUUUCAGCGUUUCCCUCUGCCGUGCUCUACCCGCCGCAUGCGAUGGACCCGACGUAUGGUUCUUUCACCCCAGCCAGUUUCUACCAAGAACACCAGCAACUGCACAGCGCACACAACUACAACUCGCCGGGCAGCACCUUGUACAGUCCAAGCGAUUUCGUGUUGAACGUUGACCGAACGAGGAAGAAACGGUCCUGGAAAAACGGUGCGAAUAAACACCAGACCUCCUCUGCAGCAGAUGAAACAUCAGGGGCCAGCACACGGGGUGGUUCCACCUACACCGCGACGCCAACUUCUAGGUCUUCGAAAGGAGCUAGCUCAUCAUCUUAUGCGCCGCAGGCGUACUGCCCGCCACCACCGUGUCCCUGUCCAAACCCGGUUCCACACGUGGAGGCGCCCGACUGCGAGGCGGCGUGUGAAGUUCCCGAUUGUGACGCGCCCACGCCAAGUCCUGGAAGUCCGGAACAAGAGAGUGAAGAAGUCCGCCGGGCGGGGAGAAGUUACGGCGCGACAAACAAUGCAGAGUGGUUCCACCCACAAUGGGAUGAAAUAGAUGCUGGCGGUUCUGCGGGCUACAACAUGCACAGCAACAUGUUUUACUAUUUUCCGCCGGGUGCGAUCGCCGACGCGGAGCAGGCACGACGGCACUUGCAGGCGGCCCAGCAGGCCGAGGAGCACGCGAAAAGCGCCAAGUUUGGGUACUACAUCCCAAAUCAGAUGCAGAAGGCGAAAAAGGUCGUGGGCGACAGCGGUGCUGGUGGGGGCAGCUCUCCGAGCCUCGUUUUGACUUCGUCCAGCAUCAAAAACUCCGGCGACACGAAGGCCCCCCCGCCGGGUGUGUUUCAUCACCCGACAGCGGAGGUGGGUGGGCCACGUACGAUUAGUACCGCAGCAAUGGACGACAAAGACGCGUCAGCAGGACCGCAGCCCCGGAAACGGGAGGAGGAGAUCGCUUCCAUGGCCAUGGAGGAUAUCUACGAUCAUAGUUCCAAAAAUGCUGGUGAUGUGGAAGUCAAGGAUUUUAACUGGGACAAAUUUUCCGACGGGGACGUCGAGCGGGAAGGAGAAGUACAGCGAACAAAAGGAAAUAGCAGUAAUCCGGCACAGCUGGAUUCUCUUUCUCCACCUAUCAAAGCGGCUGCAGCAAGCGUUGGGCGGGGGUCGCAGCAUCAAAGCACUGCGGGUCAGGCCGACGAAAACUACAAGUCCUCGGGUCGUGAUAUGAAGCACGCACCGAAAGAGGCAGUGAUCCAUCUUCGUGGGCCCCCGUCGCGGUUGCAGAAGCUGUUGAAGUAUCAACCGCGAACAUAGUAUCGCACUCGUUGUACUAAUUACAACUGUACGUGAGAAAAUUCUUAAUUUACCUGAAUCAGGACUACAAAUAGCACGUUUCCUCGUGCUGCUGGAAUUCUUUGUAAUGCAAUAUGUUAAUCUUUCUACUACUAACUCCUAGUCCUAGUGCACGUGCGUGUGCGAUACUUUGUUUCGAAAUGCAUAUGAAGCAGAAGGAGGAGUAUUACAAGCAAAUUAAGCUACUGAAAGAGCAGGACCAAAAGGCCGGGAAGGACCUACAGCAGCAAGAAGAAGAUCAUCACGACGCCGUGAAGGCAACUGGCAAAGCAGCCGCAGCUGCUGGUGACGAUGCAAAUGCGAGCCGUCCCUUGGAAGUGAAGUCGGACCAAGCUGAGGUUCACACGACACUGGCAACGCCUCCGAGGACCAAGUGGCGGCCGAAGAACGUGCCGCGACCAGCCGAACAACAUGUAGUUGACCGGACGAGUUCUUCUAUCCUGAGUACUAAAAGUGCAGUUCCGAUCGCGGGCUCAUUUUCGGCCUACUCCAGUACUCCUGCGACCCGUGGUGCAGCCGCCUUUCCGAAACAGCGCGUCUGGGUGCCCGCUGGAACAGCAGCAGCAGCAGCGGCUGACGCAGCUGAACGCAUCGAGAUGAGACAACAAGCAGGUGGAGGCGCUUGGUCCUCGCAGCAACAGGCCACUUCGUCGAGCGGAAGCAAUAAAAUGACCGGCAAAAAGAUGAGCACGAGCAGCGGUUCUAGCACGACGUACAACAACUUCGCGUCAAGCAGGAGCCUCGAAAACCGGGCCUGGGAAGCAGUGGCCCCGGGAACACGUCCCAAUUCGUCGAAGCGCAGAGCCGCGCGGCUGGCGUCGAGGUAUAAAUAAUGUACGCACAGCACCAGCAGCACAACAUCGGAUCGCGACGAAGAGCCAAUAAAUCAAGAAGGAAUGAAUCCACAUAAAUUUUUCAUGCGCUUAACCACUCAGCAUCGAACACGUUUGAUAUCCAAAAAUCCCGGCUUCGAUGAAAUUACUAAACAGCGCAAGCUCCUCCACCAGUGACGAAACGGUGUCAUACCCGUGGACGAUUACGCGAACCCCGGAUGGCCGCACCAUUUGGGAGGAAGACGAAUCGCAAUCGCGACCGCAGCAAAAAUCUUCGGCCUCUCGCACGUGGAAAAGCGCGGCCGUGAUGAAUUAUGCACCGGGAACGGUGAGCUACUACAAAAAGAGAAACUAACGGAAGUUGUGAACAUUGUUUGACAACAUGAUAUUCUUCGAAAUAAUAUCUCUGUUUCGUUUGAAGACCUAUCAUGUCUUUCUUGUAUUGCGGAUACAGCUCGUUUUUGAAAAUUUCCUUCUGCGAAAGUCAUUUAGUUGUAUCCCCGAAAAAAUGCAUGGGACUUCGCGAGAUUUUUUGUCACCUUUUUUCAGAUCUGUUUUCGAUGAAAUAAAAUGAUGCACCUUUAAUUUUGAUCAUAACGUACCUCCUGUAACCACCAAGUUGUGGAGGCGUCAAGGUGGCACCCUUCGACUAUGCUCCGACUGCAAUUCGCUCCAGCGACUUGUCCUCCAUGCGGACCUUGAGCUACUGGAUUUGUUUCACGUGCUUGUGAAUGGCUACGGCAACGUGCUCUUCUACGCUACGUGCUACCGGAGAUGUAACUUCCGCAGACCACGUUUCACACGUGAACCUCUGCAUGCUUAAGCACUUUGUGUGUCCGUUUUUGCCUGCAAAUUCUGAGAAUACAGCCAUAUUUAGUAGGGUGUAAAUGAUUUUAGGCGCAUUUACAACAGCAGUAGUUAACUACAUCUGGUUAUGGUUUCGCUCUUUAGCUGCUUCUCCCAAUGAAGAUUUUACUGAAUGACUGCGAACAAAGAAAUAUGCUUUCGGUUUCGUGCGGAAGCAAAUGGGGCGAGGGCGUUUAUUUUUGAUGCUUCAAGAUGAAAUACGGAUGCUGUUUUUACAAGCUUGAUGUGGCGAGGAUUUUCAUCAAUUUUGGAGUUGUGCUACUCCCAAGCUUUUGACUGGUUGACUCCAGCAAGCGCAACAU